GCAGAUAGGGGGGAUCCAGGAAGUGACUGGCUGUUGGUUGGGUGUAUCCAAGGAGGACAGGUGAGGGAGGGACACAGGACAGGUGUGACACACAGAUAGAGCCCACCCAGGAGAGACAGGACAAGGAGCAACGAAGGAGGACAAGGACAGGUGUGACAGGUUAAGAAAGAGAGAAGAAACAGCAGACAGCCCACCUAGGACAGAUACUGCAGAUUCACUUGAUCACGGCUGGCGCAGGAACCUCUUGAUAGUUUCGGAAUAAGAAACGAAAAGGACGAGGGGUAGAGGAGGCGAAGGCUCACACCUCAGGAGACCAUGGCAAGCUCAGAGGAUGAGCUGAUUGGGAUCCCAUUCCCAGAGCACAGCAGUGACAUUCUCAGCAGUUUGAAUGAGCAGCGGCACCGUGGUGUAUUAUGUGACAUCACCAUCAAGACUCGAGGACUGGAGUACCGUACCCACCGUGCAGUACUUGCUGCAUGUAGCCACUAUUUUCGCAAGAUGUUCACAGGGACGCAGGCUUGUGCUUCCCGACGGGAGGUGUGCCAUCUGGACUUCCUUAAACCAGAUGCCUUGGGGGCUCUGCUUGACUUUGCUUAUACAGCUACACUGACCAUCAGCAAUGCCAACAUGCGUGAUGUUCUCCGUGCUGCAAGGCUGCUUGAGAUUCCUUGUGUGGUGGAGGCAUGUGUUGAGAUUCUACAGUGUAAUGGUAAUCGGGAAGAGAUGGGAGGAGAUGCAGAAGAUCUGGAAGGAUUCUUACGGGCUCGGCAGUAUUUGGAAUGCUAUAUCACUCAGGAAACUGGGGAGGAUACAACACCUCCACCAGAGACUGACAGCCAUCCACUGUCUCUUACCAUGCCACAUUCUGAGAAGCCAGUGCAACUAAUCCCUCGAAGGCGCAGGAAGAAGUUCCUGCAAGUUAGGCCUAAUAGAAGGCCAGAGAAUGGCAGCCCAUACUGGGCAGAGGAGGAGACUGCAGAGCGAGUAGCUAGCCCUGCAGAAACCCGAUCUCCAGCAGAGGUGCCCUCUAAUGACAGUAACUUGGGUUAUGAGAGAUACAUCACUGGCAAUGGGCUUCCAAGUCAGACGGUUUUCAUACCACCCUCCCCACCUGAGGAGAUAAUGUCUGAUGAGGAACCCUCUGACAUGGGGGUCCUGCUCCCACUGGACCCCGAGAAUCCAGAGCUUGCACCUGGGGGGAUAGAUGACCCGGAUAAGCUUGUGAGGAAAAGGAGGUCCCAAAUGCCCCAAGAGUGCCCAGUGUGCCAUAAGAUAAUUCAUGGUGCUGGCAAACUACCACGACACAUGCGCACACACACAGGGGAAAAGCCUUUUGUGUGCCAAGUCUGUGGAGUCAGAUUCACAAGGAAUGAUAAGCUAAAGAUCCACAUGCGGAAGCACACUGGGGAGCGCCCAUACUGUUGUGAGCACUGCAACGCUCGUUUCCUGCAUAGUUAUGACCUGAAGAAUCACAUGCACUUGCACACUGGGGACCGGCCCUUCGAGUGUUCACUGUGCCACAAGGCCUUUGCUAAGGAGGACCACUUACAACGCCACAUGAAAGGGCAGAACUGCCUUGAGGUCCGCACACGUCGUCGGCGCAAAGAGGAGACGCCUACCCAGGUCAUAGUUCCUCCUUCUGGGAUCGAUUUGUCUAAUGGGAAGAUUGAUGACCUCCACCUCUCCAUGUUGCGUUACUGGGGGAUUCAAAGGCCUCAUUCUGAGGGAGCAAGCCCUGAGGGUCCCCUUGUCGUAGACCCUUCAUAGCACCUUUUCCUAUUAAAUUGAGCUCCACCUAUGCCCUCCCCUUCUCAGUGAGAAUCUGAGAUACGGACUAUGGUGGACACCAUUCUGUUUAGUCAAUUGCAGCACUUGUGCUAAACCCUUCUCUGCCUCCCCACAGGAGUCCAAUACCUGCUCUCAUGUUCCCCUGCUGCACUGUGAGAAUCCCUCUGACAUUAUACGGUUAUGAUGUCAUAACUGCUAAGACUGGACCACAAGACUUUGGAAUUAGCUGAAUGCAGCAGAAAUGACUAUGGGGAAUGUGGGUGGCAAGAGUUGUGGUUUUCAUUUUGUUUUUUUGUUGUUUUUUUUUUUAAGCCUCAGGGAUCACGAAUGCAGUCUCUCCCAGAUGUGGCAUCUCGUUCCAAAUCUGCUUCUCCUUAACCUAGGAUAAAAAAGAUAAUUUUGCUAUUUUUUAUUGAAUAUGAGAUAAAUAAUAUAUACAGUAUGUAUAUAGAGAUCAAGAUCCACAUAAAUAUAUCUAUAUAUUAGGAGUAUAUAUAAAUAUGCAUAGAAUUUAAGGCUAACCGGAAGCAAUAAUUAUUUUAUAAUCCUGCUGUUCUCCUUUUUGGGAGGGUAUAUUGUACUGUACCCCUCGCUUUCCUCUUCUAUGGUGCUGUGCCUUCACUGACCCCUACCGCCUCCCUUAUACACAUCUUCUUUUAGGGUCUUCCCUGUGCUUUGCUUCAGAGUAUUUGGGUACGGGAGCUGGAUCUGUUUACGUUUUAGUAAAGACUUGGCUUAGUUGCUGCUGAAGAUUUCUGUGUAUGUCAACAGUGUAAUAUGAAGAAGAGAUUUACUUUGCAAUAUACAGAGCAGAAAAGUAACUUCUAAUCCUUUCAUUUAAAAUACCAUUUUAUGGGGGCAAAAAAAAAUUACUUUCACCUUUCAUCGUUUUGUGUAGAAUUAAUGCAAUAGCCCAACAUAUAAUAAAAACAGUGUAGUGCUGGACUUCAUCAAAUAAUGCGUUUUUUUCUUUGUUUUUCUUUUAAAUAUUUUCUCAGCAUACAAAAACUGCAUAUUUCUUUUUGAGCUGCAUAAUGUUCACCUAUAAAUUGCCUUUUAAAGGAAUAUCAAAUACUAAAUAAAUGUUAUAAGUAUAGUAAUUAAAGGUUAUCUCUAUCCUGAGUGCUGCCAUAGCUUUUAAUGCAUUCUAGUAUUGACCUUUUUUGCACAUGUGCAGUGACUUUCCUUCAGAUACCUGCAGUGAGACCUAGGUUCCAAAAUGGCAGCGCCCAUAAUUACAGGGAAUUACAUGAAAUGUGUUUAAUGUCCCUUUAUUACAUUCUAUAGAUAUAUAGUUGAUAGCAAAAUGCAGAAUCUAGCAGACUUUACCCAAUUUAAAUAGCAGUCAUCGGAGAAAUAGGCUUUAUGAGUUCAUUAUCAGUGUUUAAAUAGGCAAGUGCAUCAAUAGUAUAAUUUCAAAGGAAAGAAAACUCUGAAAUAGAUUUUAAAUGUCAUGGGUUUUUUUUAGUUUUUAGUGACAGGUAUAUGUUUGCAGUGUUCGUUCAUUGCCCCUUUCAUCUUUAUUCUCACAGUUUGUGCUAACGUGAAUAGGCCAAACUCUAAACAAAGUUUAAAAGGGACAUUACACUCAAAAUACAUUUUUAUAAGUAUAGUAUAGAGGUUAUUACCCACCUCCCUGUAGUCAUUGGUGCUACCAUGUUAAACUCUAUAUCCUUUACUACAUUCCAGUGUUGACCUGUUUGCACAUGUGCAGCAAUUCUCCUUCAGAUACCUGAAGUAACCUAGGUUCCAAAAUGGCAGCACCCAUAAUUAAGAGGGAGGUGCAUGAAAUGUAUUUAGUGUUUAAUGUCCCUUUUAAAGGACCUUAUUGAUGUCAAGUAGAGGGAUUAUAGCUCUCGGGUUAUUAAUGUUUGAUAGAUUUCACAUUCAUAACAGAUUUGUAACAUGGUUACUUUAUAGCAAUAUAAGCUAAUAUGCAUUUACCAAUCCACUCUCAACAGCUGAUAGCCGAUAAUUUAAUAUAUUUUAAAAAGAAAUCUGUGUUGCAGAGAGACUUUGUAAUUUUACACACAGAUCAUGUGCAAUGGGGAUGUAAAAUAGUUCAAUUUAACUGCCUUAGGGACACAAAGCGCACAAUCUCCUUGGAGUUUCCGGGCUUUAUCAUGUUAUAUGCUAGGAAACACUGUCAUUGGUGCACACUGAUGAUGCACUAGUUAAGUACUGGAAUAAGCCAUCAAUAGGAGCCUUAAAAGGAGAAUUCUUGCAUUUUGGGGACUUUCCUUGGUUUAGGGGUAUGUGCAACAUUACAUUUUUAGUUUGCACUGAAUAAAAUAGCAGGCUUGGGAAUACGGAAUGUUCGUUAGUUUAAUUCCUAGUUCCAUAUCUUGCUGUAUGUAAGUAAAGUGCCUUAUUGCUUUGUUUAGUGGUAUUUAUUUUAAUAAUUUUAGGGUAAAGUUAAUUUUUACCUAAUGCUGUUUUAUAAAUAAAAAGUACAUUAACCAUAUACCCCUUGUCUGCAUGCUGCUCUGUAUAAUGAUGCAGAAUAUCUGUCUACACAUCCAGCUCUCCGGUACCCUAUUUCAAUGAAGCAAAAGCCGCAUGUAACACUCCCUACAAUAAGAAAACCAUUCAUUGUGUCCAGACAACAGUGAAAGCAAGGCAAGAAUCACUGUAGCAGUGUAAAAAAAAAUAACCGCUGUCCAGGCUGAAAUGUAUAAUGUAGCAAGAGCACUGCUUGCACUUUUAGUUUUCAAUGGCCACUAAUUCCUUCCUAAACUGUGGAGUCUCUGGGAGGUGAUAUGCAUUGUGUAAAACUCAGCCUUCACUUUCCAAGCAAGUAAUGUUUGUGUGCGAUAAAGUGUAUAGUAUAUAUUUAUUAAUCAGAUUCUUCUUUAUGGACCAAGAUUGUGCAGGAAGUGCUUGUAACAUACGCUGAGCGUUGUGUGCUACGUGAAUCUAAUAUGUAUAACACGGAAGUGUGGGGGAGCUGUAUGAUCCCCUGUGUUUACGAACGAAUGGGGAGGGGUCUUAGUGAGUGUCUGGGUCACUUGCACCACAUCCCUCAACCCUUAUUCCAUUUUAAAGUAGAUAUUUUUUUUUAUAUAUAUAUAUAAAAUGUUUUUGGGUAAAAAAAAAUGCCACAUUUUCCAAGGUGUCUAUGGGCCUUUGUGGCUUUUUUUUAUACCAUGCUUUGGUCAUUGCCCUGAUGGCUUCAUGACUAAAGGUUGGAGGAGUUAAAUCAAAAUAUCAACUUGAAUUGCCAAGCCUGUGGCAAGUCUAGUCCAGUUACUACUACUACUGAAACUAGUAAAUGACGCUUUCCCAUGUUCAAUCUCACGCCACGUGGAUAAGAGGGUGCAGAGUGUAGUAUCCACCUUGGUCCUGUAUUGUGAUGCUUGUCCAAUAAGACCUGGGGAUUCAAUUGGGAUUUGAGGGACCCAUGCACAUAUAAAUGGUUCUACCUUGUUUUGUACAUAGUUUUCUGUAAUAUGUAAAUAACUUUUAUUCUUUUCUUUUUGGGGGUUCUCUGUGUGUGUGUGGGGGGCAAGGUAGGAUCUGAAUCUGUCUAUUCCAAAGCCAUAUUGUGGGGAUAGGGCUGUAAAUGAUUACGUUCUCUUCUCAGAUUAAGAUGGUGCAUUCCUCUCUGCACGACUCUUAAGCUCUACCUUAUAUUGUAUCCCAGUUUUAUUAUCCCAGCUUAGCAUGAAAUGCUGCAUUUAAACAAAACCUUGAAAAUGUAAUGCCUCAACCUCUGUAAUUUCAUCUUCCUUUUUCAUCAAAUGUAGAGGGAAGGGAUCAUUAUAUAUGUCUGUGUGUCAGCGAACAUAAAAGGGAUUUUUCCUUCAAGGAAGAUUAAUUUAAAUUACCAAAAAUCCAUUUUUUUUUUAAUUUUAUUUUUUAAAUUGUUUUAAAUUUUAUGGAUUUCAGAUAACCACAUAACAUCUAUUGAUUUGGCUGUUUUCCUCUGUGACUUGUAUAAAAUUCACACUAUCUAUAAAUGAAGUUAAGUGAUCUGAUGGUUUAACCAGCGCAGUAUAUCUGCAUCAUGUAAUAGUGCACAGUAUGUGUAAAAGGUGAAAAAUUUCCCUCUUUUUCAUUAUUAUAUAUUAUAUAAUAUAUUUGUUUAAUUUAUUAAGAGUAUUUAAAGUGAGUUACAUUUUAACUUUUAAAAGAGAUUUUGGAAACUAUAUUAAAAUGAGCCUUUUCUUUCAAUUUUAUUGAAAGUGCGAUAUUUGAGAGACUUCUUUUACGCUACUGAUACACAGACUCCUAAUUAUAUUAAAUAUGAAUAUUUUAUUGUAUAUAACAUGUCUGUAGAGUUACAGGUACAUAUACUGUUGGCAUGUUGUGUACAUGAACACAGAAUGUCAGGGCCAAAGCUCCUGGGGGAAUGCAGCAGUGGGAUUCUAAGGUUUUUGUCCCUCCCUCAUGGUGACACUUAUCUCUGUCCUUGCACUAAUAAGUUUAACCCUUGCACUGCUGAGGGGGGUAUACAUUGCUCUGCACAAGCAACCUGUGUGUGGGGAGGGUGAUUGGAUGAGAGGAAUGCUUUCCCCUAUUGAAAACACUUUUUACUUGAACUUGUACACUGGUGUGAAAAGAGGGAAAGAGAUUAAUUUAAUUUUUAUUUUAUUUUUUGCUUUUUAUUUUGUUGCUUUUUUUUUUAUGAAGGUUGGAUGGAAAAAAAUGGAACAAUAAAAUGUGUUGGAAACAAAA